CCCAAUAAAAAAUAGACCAAGGGUUGCUCACUUAGCAAAGUACAGACGGUUCCAUAUAUGGAAUCCACAUCGUUUCUCUAGGGUUUACGAGCUUCCUUGCACCUCUGCAGCUGCUGCCAAGAUUAACGGUUUGCUUCGUCGCCAGUUUACAACAAUGAUUAUUCCAGAGAAGAACAGGAGGGAGAUCUCAAAGUAUCUCUUUCAAGAGGGAGUUUGCUACGCAAAGAAGGAUUUCAACCUUGCAAAGCACCCAAAUAUCGAUGUACCAAAUCUGCAGGUGAUUAAGCUGAUGCAGAGUUUCAAAUCCAAGGAGUAUGUUCGUGAGACAUUUGCAUGGAUGCACUACUAUUGGUACCUCACAAAUGAUGGGAUUGAGUAUUUGAGGACUUAUCUCAAUCUUCCAUCAGAAAUUGUUCCUGCCACAUUGAAGAAAUCUGCAAGGCCCACUGGUCGGCCAAUGGGUGGCCCGCCUGGUGACCGUCCCCGAGGCCCACCACGCUUUGAAGGAGACCGCCCAAGAUUUGGUGAUCGUGAUGGGUACCGAGGAGGUCCUCGAGGGGGUGAUUUUGGUGGUGAUAAGGGAGGUGCUCCAGCAGAUUUCCAGCCCUCAUUUAGGGUAAUUUCAAUUUACUUCUCUACAAGGGGUCUGGUGGAAGACCUGGCUUUGGUCGUGGAGGUGGAGGUUAUGGUGCAGCUCAAUCCAGUUCUUCUGGCUUUGCUUGAAGUCCUUGCUCAGUUUUAGCCGGUUUAUUCUUUUAUGAAAUGUAUUAGUGGAAACCUGCGGACCCCUUAUCUAACUCCCCCUUUCUUUCAUCCCUUCUUCCCCAGGAUUUUGUAAGUUUAAGUUUAUAAUUACAUUGCUGAACUUGAUUUGGGAUUUGAAAUAUAUAUGCAACUCUAUUAUAAGUACUUGUGAAA